AACCUAUUGAUGUUAUUUCCAUUUGCUCUUUGACCCAAUGAGACAAUAAAUACAAAUGCAGUUUGUUUUUCCACAAAGAUUAAGAAAAAAUGUUUAGCAGCCAUCCCAGCUUGGAAUGCUAAUCCAAAUUAGCAGUCAAAGUGGGUGGCUGAAAUGCCAUUUUUCUUUGCUAUAAUCGUCUGACAUUUCAUAAUAUCAGUAGGUGCAUAUUCAACCCCAAACUCUAAAUACUAUGAUCUGACUUUCAGAUGCCCUUAUGUCAUAACUUUAGAAUGUUGAAUAUAAUAGAGAAAAAGCACCUUUCACCAUUGAAAUACAAGAAAAUUCAACAGUGGAGAGGAAUUCUUUGCAAUUAUGAAAAUAUUUUAUAAGUCAAGACAGGAGAAUCACAAAACAGCUAUAAUUUUUUUAACUUUCCGUAUGAUGCUCAUCUGUAUGAAUUCCUACUGUUGCAGAAAUGAAUGCUGAUUAAAGAAUAGAAAGUAGGGGAAGGAUCAUUCACCUCAAAAGUAUGGCCACAGAUUCACAAAGAUCCAUUCGAAACCUAGCCGGAACAAUUCAUUCCCUACUAGGAGUAAAGGCACAUGUAACUUCCACCUGGGUUAAAUCAGUUUGUGAUAUAAUAAAGAACUUACCCUCUGAAGCAUCAUCCAAAAGAUCAAUCCCAGCAGAUUCGGAGAGAACUCUCUCGCAUAACCAUGGUGUUGAUCAAGACCCUGACGUUUUAAAAAUAAGAGAUGAACUUGCUGCCUUGACUUCCCACAUAAAUCAAUUAAACAUACAACGAAGGGAGGUUCUCAAUGAAUUUCUAGAUUUGAAAGGGAAUAUUCGUGUAUUUUGUCGUAUAAGACCCAUGGGAAUGAUGGAGAACUUUGGACGCUCAAGACCUGUCUUAGAUUCAGAUUCAAAUAAGAUUAUCCUGAAACUUGCCGAUAAUAAGAGUAAAAGCUACAGUUUUGACAAGGUUUUCCACCCUGGUUCAUCACAAGAGGAAGUAUUUUCAGAAGUUGAACCAGUCAUCAAAUCAGUCCUCGAUGGCUACAAUGCAUGUAUAUUUGCAUAUGGACAGACAGGCACGGGAAAAACUUUCACAAUGGAAGGGACUCCAGAUUCUCGAGGGGUGGUCCACCGCACAAUUGAGGCACUCUUUGAGCAAGCAGCAGAUAGUAAUCAUGCAUUUGUCAUUAGUUUCAGUAUGGUUGAGAUUUACCUGGGAAAUCUGAAAGACUUGCUCGUUUCUCAGCCAAUUAAACCAACUGAUCCUAUGCCACCAUGCCUUUCAAUACGAACAGAUCCAAAGAGAGGGGUUGAGAUCGACAACCUUGUGUCUAUCCAAGCAAAUGAUUUCAACCAAGCCCUGAGGCUGUAUAGAUUAGGAUGUAGAUACAGAUCAACUGCCUCCACAUAUUCCAACAUAACUUCGAGCAGAUCACAUUGCAUGAUUCGCCUAUCAAUCACUUGCUUUGAUGCUCCUGAGAGACAAAGGGAAACAAAUAAGAUUUGGUUAGUUGACCUUGGGGGAAGUGAGCGUGUGCUGAAGACAAAGGCCUCAGGAAGAAGAUUAGAUGAAGGAAAAGCCAUCAACAUGUCGCUUUCUGCUCUUGGAUCUGUUAUAAAUGCACUUCAGAGAAAAAAAGGCCAUGUGCCUUACAGGAAUACCAAGCUGACACAAGUUCUUAAAGAUUCUCUAGCUGAGGAUUCGAAGACACUAAUGCUCGUCCAUGUCAGCCCCAAGGAAGAGGAUUUGUGUGAGACAGUUUGUUCUUUGAAUUUUGCAACAAGGGCAAAAAGCAUUCACCUAGGGAAUGACGAUUCAGUUGAAGUACGAGAGCAGAAGCAGGUUGCGCUGGUGAAUCUGCAGCAAAGGAUGAAGGAGAUUGAAGAUGAGCGCCUAUGCACCAGAAGAGACAUUAAAAAGUUAAACGAUAAAUUAGAAAAUCUAUCCAAGCCAGCUUUAUGUUCUGAAGGUCUGCAGACUUCCUAUUUAUCGAUGAAAGAGGCACAGCUGAACAGUAAAGUUACCAUAAACAAUAUUGGAGCAGCUGCAACAGCUCCUUCAUCAGGGAUGCCUAGAUUUAUGAGGCCAACUGUCUCAAGCAGAAGAAAAAAUGGGCUACAUCACCAAACUUCCGAAGGUAGAGACCAAUUCAGUACAAAAAGGAGAAAGCCACCUUCUCAUCGUGCCAAGUCAGUUAAUUUUCCUGUAAAGAAUAAUUCAGGAUACAACUCAGAGCACAGUAUAUCAAGAAAUAGCUGUUUUGACGGAUUGAACAUAAAAAGCAUUGCAGAUAAUGAAACUGAAUACAGCCAGGAUACAUUUGAAUGUGAUGUUAAAAUAGGUUUCUUUCAAGAGCAGGAAAAGGCUCAACAGACUUCAUGUCAAAGAGCUCAAUGCAGAGAGAUUGAGAAACAUGGAAAUGGUAACACAGAAAAGCUUAGUUCCACAAAAUUUUCGAAGGUUGAUAUUUGGCUUCGUCUACACAAGAAUGAACCUCCUAUCAAUGGUGACACUCACAGGAGCAAAAGGGUUUUAGCAUUUACUCUCCCAGAGAAGAAACUUACGUGUUAUGAAAGAAGUAAAGCAGUGAUACUACAAGAUGAGAAAAGGCAUGGGUUAACGAGAAAGAGAAUUCCAAACCCCGUUAAAUCAGGAAAACUGCUUGAUGUGAGGGAAACUGAAAGGUCAAUUUCAGAAGUGGUGAUUGACAAACCACCAAAGAUGCUGAAGGAUUUAUUCGACGAGGAAUUGAGAUCUGACUCCAUUAAUCUCCUUCAUAAUCCUGAUGGGCAGACAAUGAUUCGGAAAGAAGAUUUGGUUGGUGACUCAUCCAUGUCAGAAGUUCUAGAGUCCUGCUGUCAAGAAACACCCUCUGACCUGGACGGGGAAGACCAUGAAAGCAAAGACUUGACUGCCCCAUUUCUAUGCUUAAGAAAAGGGGUGAGACUUCAAAGAGCUUUAUUUAUGGACAGUCCCAAGCAGAACGAUAUAAGCUUGAGACAGAACACAGGAAUGUACACUAUUCUUAAACAGAAAAUCCAAAUUAUAUGUGCCAGUGCCCUUCUGGGACUGGGAUUUUAUGAUUUGGGAUUCCAGCAUGACUUCUUCAACAGUUUGAUGCUUUAAGGCAGCUUCAGUGGAUGACAUAACGUGGCAGAGCAAUUACUUCCCCCUCCAAUAUGUCAGUGAAGGUCUGGUUGAGUGUGAGUUUGAAUGCUACUAUAAUCUCACUGUCGCAACCUCCUAUUUUAUUUGCUAUGCAGCAGGCUUAUGCAAUCAAGCCAAGCUUUAAUAAUUGAUAACUUUUGCAACAACACCGGUUUAGCGACUUAAAAGUGACGUGUUUGUUCAUCAGGAUGUCAUAAAAAUGGCUCCAUCUAUACUCUCUAGCCAGAAAACAUCUUGGGAAGCUCUUUGCCAAAUUCUUUCUGGCAGAAUUCUCCACCUACAGGUCCAAGUGGAGGCCAAAGUCUUGAAUGUGCAUCAUGUACACCAAGUACCUUCCCUUCAUGUAAAUAUUUGUACAUGUAUCUAUUUUGCCUAUAAUUUCAA